AUGCCUGAAGGCGGAAAAUCGAAGAGCAAGAAAAAGAACGCGGCCGCCGCAAAAGCAGUGGAGGAUGGCAACACGCCUUCUAAGAGUACCGAAGUAGCUCGCGGCACUUCUGAAUCCUCGAAUGUAAAUUCCGACGCCAUCGAGAACAAUCCCACGAAGACCCAGGAAACUGAAGCGAACAAGGACGAAGCGAAAUCAUACGAUGAACCGAAGGGUAGGCUCGUGGAUGAUCAGGCAUUAUCACCCACCGGCGGUGAUACUGGGCAUACGCACAAUGGAAACACGACACAACCCGACGCGCUACAGUCGAAGGAUAGAUUUGACACCCUGAUACGUGAUAGAGACUCAUUACGUGCUGAAGUAACGGAUAUGCGGAAGUCUUUGGAAGAGAUACAGUCCAAGCAUCACGCGGACAUGGAAACGCUGCAGCACAAAUUGGAUGACGCGGAGAGCAAAAAGGAACACGCCGAGUCACAAUUCCAAAAACUCCUGGAGAGAGUGAAUACAAUCAAGUCGCAACUAGGUGAAAGGCUCAAAGAAGAUGCUGAGGAGCUUGGGCAAGCAAGGCUACAAAUCCAGGAGCUGGAGGAACAGAACUCGACCUUGAAAGAAGAGAUCCAAUCAAAGAACUCGAAAAUAAACGAACUUUCAGAGGAUAGCGAGCAGAAGAUGAAGGAAAUCUCAACCCUGCGAGACAGGACCAAUUUAUCCCAGCAGAACUGGUUGAAGGAGAAGGAAGAGCUUCUCGAACAAGAGUCAUAUCUUCAGUCGGAAUUCGAGCAAGCCAAGGAGGCUAUGCAUAACUGGGAGGUUCUUGCUAUGGAAGAGCGCUCUAUCCGGGAGAAUCUUGGUGACAAGGCUAUGGAUCUCGAGGAGCAAGUAGCGAAUCUUAAGGAUGCCUACGAAAAAGCUGCUGCCGAACGCGAUUCUCAGACGGCGACGGUGGAUGGCUUACAGCGUGCUUUGCAAGAGAUUCAGUCAGCUCGGAAGCAGGAACUUCGUGAGCUUGUAGAGAGCUCCGAUGCCCAGCUAGAGAAGCUCAAAGAAUCCCUUCAGAGUGCGGAGAAGAGAGCGACAGACGCCGGUCAAACUCUCCAAGAAGUUCAGAACGAGCUCGAGCGAGUCAGGCCUUUCGAGAAGGAAGUUAGGGAGAAAAAUUUGUUGAUCGGGAAGCUCAGACAUGAGGCAGUCACGCUGAAUGACCAUCUAACAAAAGCUUUGCGUUUUCUCAAGAAAGGGAAACCGGAAGACAACGUGGACAGACAUAUUGUUACGAACCACCUCCUGCAUUUUUUGGCCUUUGAUCGGUCUGAUCCAAAGAAGUUCCAAAUCCUGCAGCUCAUUGCAGCACUUCUGGGCUGGACAGAUGAACAACGUGAACAGGCCGGUCUAGCACGUCCUGGGGCCUCCAGCUUCCCAGGAAAGCUCCGAGUACCUGGUACACCCGUUCACCGUACACCCAGUACUCCAACUUUAGCCACGGAAUUCCUGGACAACGGUACCACAAGCAAGGAGUCACUGGCGGAACUCUGGUCCAACUUCCUCGAACAGGAGUCGCAGGCUUUACCAGAGAACAAUACCUAG